AUGUCUUCGGGUGACCCAAUAGUGGACUCACUCAUUAAUGUUGAGGCAAUGGUUUGGCUUAGCUCUAAUUUCAUCGCUCUCGCAGCAGUUGUUCAAAAUAUCUUCUAUAUACAUCCGCCAUCAGAUGUCCGAAAUAUCAAGGCUCAGCUGAAAACGGAUAGCUAUUCCAACGAUUUAUGGAUUCCGCUUUACUACCGCCUCAUAGACAAUGAUCGUACACGCACUUUCCAGACAGUACUUCCAGAAUCGCGGACUAGAUUAUACCGGUAUAAAUUGCGAGUGGAAUUCCUGAACAACAGCAUUUUAGAUAGCAGGGAAUGGACAACUAUCGGAAUUGGUCCGCAGCAAGAAACCAUCUCCAAAAUCCUGUGUAGAAACGAAACUAUAAACUCCACUUCAACCGAUUCUAGACCUGAUGCAUCUAUUUACUUAAUCUAUACCUGUAUAAUAACCAUAGCUGUAGUUUUCGGUAUUUUAUUGUCUAGAAUGUUUUACCUAAUUAUAGGAAAAAGCAAAUGUGAUUAUUUUAAGGUUUAA